UCUUCCACCCACGCGUGGGUCUGCCCUGGUUCGUCCCAGUUGCGUCUGGUUCUCUCGCUCUCCAGUACUCCAUAUUCAAUAAUCAUUUCGAUUAUAUAUACAUUUCCAUUUUUUUAAUGCAAAAGCAUUGGACAUUUCACCUAUAUAUAUAAAGCCCUACGAAUCUAUUCAAAUCAUUCAGUUGCCAAAGCCCCGUACCAAAAAAAUACUACUCCUAUACCAGAUUUCAAGUUCCAACUCCGUUUUUGAUCUUCAACUUUCUUGUUCUUUAAUAACCCUCUGAAAGCAACCUUAAACCUUCCCCUUCAUUUCUCUCUUUGUCUUGUUGAACAAGCAUGGCUUCCUUUGAAUUUGAUAACGUCAAGGCAGAGAAACAAGAUGCACUAUGGAGGUACAACAUGGAGAGGAAGUUGAGGAUUGGUCUUCGUUUAAUUGGGUUUUUGUUGGCUUUGUUUUUGGUGUUAUGGUCUUGGUUCCCCACGUUGAUUCCUGACACCGUCGAGGUUGCUGGGAAUUUUCGUCGCUGUUUCGUUUCCACUUUUAACAAGCCUCUUUUCACUUUCAUCGUCGUAAAUAUCAUCAUUCUUGCUGUUUAUGUUUUGUCUGGCCAAAAACAGAUCCAGAAACAAACCACCAACCCUGACUUCUACGACGAGUACGUUAGCUCUCGCCGGAGUAUACCCACGUCCGCUGUCGGCACAUCCAACUCUCCGGCCACGGAGGAGUCCAUGGUGGACAAACCAAUCAUCCUGGUAGAAAAUGCGGUUGCUCUUUCUUCAGUAAAGCAGCAACGUACGACAGUGCUUGAUACUGUUACAGAAACAAAAAUUUCCCUUUCACCAGUUAAACAACCUAUGACGACCCGUACAGCGACAAAAACAAAGCCUGAAGCUUCUUCAACUGAAGUCAAGCAAAAGAAGUACCAAACAACUCGAUCAAUGGUUUCAGAAUCUCGAAACCAACGGCCCCGGGACUUUCGGAGAUCGGAGACAGCUAUCAGCACAGAGUUGAUGAUUUCAGGUAGGGAGCCGCCGAGGAAAUCCAUGGAUGAGAUGAGCGACGAAGAGUUUCAGUUGAAAGUAGAUAGUUUCAUUGCUGAAACAAAGAAAACUCUGAUACAAGAAAACACUGCCCAUUGCACUUGGAGGAAAGAAAAGUGCAUGCCUAUUGUGGUUAAAAAUUAGGAUACUAGAUGAAAUUAGUAAGUUAAAAAAAUCUAUCUCGAUUUUGUUUGAUAUGUACAGUGCUAGUAUUUCCCUGGUUUUGUGGGAGUAUUAACAUUAAGAUAAUCUAUGGGAUCUUGUGCUUUUUUUUUUUAUUGUUUUAAUUUCUUUGUUUUUGUCUUUUUUUGCCUUUUUUUCCUUGAUCUUUGAAUUGGACAUUCGUUUAAGUGCUCUGUGAAUCAAUGUUUUUCUGCUUUGCCGGGUUUAUUAGUUGACUCUGAAUCAUGUGCAAUUCUGGUUAUUUUCUUGUCUGGGUCAAAUAUGAAAGUGCCUUCCAAUGAAAGGAUUUCUGAGACAAUAAAUUUCCUGAUUUUGUCCUGCUGAGUUGGUUUGGGUACAGUUUUCGAAUAUCUGAGUUUUCCUAUUCAGAAACAGAAGAAACUAUAUGAUUAUUCCUUUUUCUGUUGUUUUUUUUUUCCUCCGACAAGAGAAUUCAU